AAUUUAUUUGUAGAUAAAGCAAGAAUAAUCGGUAGGUUCGUCUAUUUGUAAAAACAGUGCGCUCUGAGUAAAAAGCAGAGCUGAGCGUAAGGAACCGCCCUAAAGCCGGUGUGGAAACGUGAUCUAACACGCGGCUGUGAAUCUCGUGCUCGCUCAUUCGCACUGCAGACUCUCGCGCAGGCUUUUCUCAUCUAAGUGAGGAGCUACGACUCUUAAAAUUACCCUUAGGCCCCAAGGGCAAAGAGUCAUAUAUACAUCAUCUACUGCCAAUAUUUAAUAUCGCUGAAAUCCCGGUGCCAUUUCGGACUUUCAACAUGGGGAAAAAGCUCUCGACAUGGACGCUUCUAGCGGUCUUUUCUCUGCUGGUGGUGAAAGGAAUAAGUCAGGAUCUGGACUUGUCAGAUGCAUUUGACGAAGAUAAACCAACUGCCCCACCACCCAAAGUGGACCCAGCAGGUGGUGCAGGAGGAGCAGUGAAACCCAGCCUUAAACCUGUUAAGCCCACAGUCAAGGAACCAGCAAAACCCAAGCAAACAGAAGAGACAUUCACUGAUUUGUUUGAUGCCACCAUUCGGCCGGGCCUGUUGCCCCGAACACCCCCUAGUCCUCUCCGAACCUCUGUUCCCCCUCGGAAAGCCCAGUCUGGUUUUGGGGAUUUGGAUCUUGAAGACGCCCUGAACCCCGACAAUGAUAUCAGAGGAAAGGGCAAAGACUCUGGCAAAGGCGAUAAAGACCUCGGAGGAGGGGGCCGUGAUGACGGCAAACCCAAUAGCAGAGGUGGAACUGGUGGUAAUCAAUUCUCAGACGAUGACCUUGAAGAUGUGGGCAAUGAUAACUCUUACAAACCUGACAAAGGCAAAGGUGGAAGAGGUGGAAGUAGUGGCGGAAGCAGCGACAGAAACAGUGGCGGUGAUUUGGACUCUACUGAUGACAACAAUGACACCAUGGCUGAAACUGGAACCAUUGCUGGUAUUGUGAGCGCCGUUGCUAUGGCUCUGGUUGGUGCAGUGAGCAGCUACAUCUCCUACCAGAAGAAGAAGUUUUGCUUCAGCAUACAGCAGAGUCUGAAUACAGAUAUGGUGAAAGCAGAUGCCCCAGAUGCUGUAGUUGCACAGGAGCCACAAGUUCAACAAACUCUUCUCCAGCCUCCCAAUGCUGAGCCGCCGACAGAGGAAAAUGCAGUGUAAUCUGAAAUGCAUCAUCCAAACUAAAGCGGGCGCAGUUCUAAAUCGUUGUUCUCCAAUUUGAAUGCCACUGUAUUUCCCAGCGCAUUUGCACCACAAUGCCCUUUUUUAAGUAUCAAUGUGACUGUUUAAAUCAACAUUAAAUAUAAGCUGCUUUUUCCACUAUCGGGCCGAACGGUUCUAAGAACGGUCAGGUACGGUUCCAGUUGUUUUUGUGAGCCUGGUACGGCGCGGCACGAUUACAAACCGUUCUCGGCCUGGAAUUCUCGGCACGGUUAGACAACCGUACUGAGCCGUGCUGGUAGAGUGCGUGUGCGUGACCUCGCCACUCAGGAUCUGUCACUUGUCUGUUGCCUGGCUGCUAGUUUCUCCGUAGCUUGCUAAGCGCGCUAUUUUGAGCAAUGUAAACACAAAUUAGUAAUAAAAUCUAAAGAAAUUUCUGAUCAUCCUCCAUAACGCUGUGGUUAUAACACUUGUGUUACCACGGCAACGACUGACGCAUUUGAAUUUCAUUCCAAAGAGAUCCGUUAUCAGCCCCGCAGUGGAAAACGAAACCGUAUCCGUGUUGACUGGCCCUGAUCGGCACAGAACGGAACGGUUAAGCAAAGAGAACCGUUCGGCCCGAUAGUGGAAAAGCGGCUUUUAAGUCUAGUAAUUUUUUUAAAACUCUAUUUCAACUGUUCACAUGCAACAAUGUAGUAAGCCUGUUUGCAAUAAUAUUGCUAUGAAAUGGAAAACACCUAACAAUUUUCGCAUGAUCUGCUGAGACCCAAGAAAUCCCACUUGGGUCUUUUUUACGGAGGCCCAUACAAAGAGUCCUACAGACACUGCGCUACAGUAUUUUUGUUUGUCAGUUUAGCCCAUCAUUCCUAUUGUGCACAAAUGCAUAUUAAUGAACAGUGAUACAAGUGAUUAAUCCAAGGUUUACAAAAACAGCUGAUUGGAUAAUCAUAGAAAUCUGCUUUUAAAGGUCAAGACUGUUUUCCUUACGCUUUCACAGCAAGACAGGCUUAACAGAUCAGUUGCUGUGGAAUCUGCAAUUGAAAAAAAGAUGAAGGAUUUGUGAAGGUUUUUUGCUGUUGUUGAUGUUUUAACAUGAUCUGUAUAUAUUUGCCUUGCUUUCACAGAGCAAUGUGAAAAGAUUGUUACACAUAUGCAGGUUUUUGUGUCUUGGCGAACUUUUUACUAGAGUGACUUUUUGAGAAAAAAAAAAAAAAAGACGAACAACUGAAGUCAAAAACUAACCAACAGCUGCUUCCUUCUAAUUUGCUUUAAAAAAUGAAACGAUGACUAAAAUGGGUUUAACUGUGAAGAUGUGUUGACGUGUGUUGAAGAAGAAGCCGUGUUGACUGCUUUUGUGUGUGUUAGUUGGAUGUCAGUGGUUACGAUUCCUUCUUUUGAGGAAUAGUUUGAUUCGGCGUGAUCAGAACGAGUAGAUACAUUAGCGUGAAGUAACUUGUGGGUGGAAGUAACCGAAUUUGUGUUUUCAUGUUAGCGCAAUACUUAAUCAGUCUAGUAACUCUUCGUAUCGCUAAAUCUGAUCCAUUGCCUUUUGUGGGGUUUUAAGGGGUUAAUGUGCUUGUAUAUCGCAUACCGUUUCCAAGUUUGUACUCAAACCGUUGUAUCAGUGUAUCUCUAUUUACACUUGUAGCAGUAAAUGUACAUAAAUGUUUGUGCCCCCCCACUCUUUUUGGAUUACGGGGAGUCGUUUUUUCGCCCUAGCUUAGUGUUUGUAUUGUUUGUAGCAUGUUUGAACUUUAGCUUUGAGACUUUUUAGAGACCUGUUACACCCUCGCUAGUUUUGCUAUUGCCUUAACGAGUCCCCAGCUGCUUUCCUGUUUUGCUAAUUUUCCCCACUUCAUUUGCCAUGGGUCUGGCGUUUGUGCCACAGAGCUUGACCAGAGCCCUCAUUUCUCUUGAUUUAGAAGGCCACCAUCUAGAAUUGGCAAAUUAGCAAAACCGGAUUAAAAAGCGGCUCAGUCCUUACCAUCCUCUCCCCCACUUGAGAUGCUCCAGAUUUUCCUGUAGCUGUUGUUUUUCACUGUGAAUUCAGGUGCACCUUUGCUACCCCCAACCCAAGCCCUUGCCAAUGGUGCUUUCCUUCCCAAUGCCUUACAACGCUAACAUUAGGGAAGACAUGCUAGCUUACUAACACAGCACUAACCGUCACGACCGUUAGAAGGGCUGCCUCACUUGAAUGUCUACAAACUAGACGUACUAGGUUACGUACGUUGUUCCAGUUUAAAGGUGUGGUCACAUUCUCUGAAAUUUCGCAGGCAAAAAUGCUGUUUAGGUGGCUUUCUGUUGAUUUGUGUGACUAAUUUGCGCUGCGAAUUCUGCGCGCCAAAAUCAUUUGCCCUUGUGCAAAAUUCCUGAUCACAUAGAUUCUUGUUGAAAUUACACCUGCAAAAAAAUGCCAAACAACGGUAAAUGUGACCUCACCUUAACACUACUGCAGUUUAAACACAUCUGAAAUAUUGUUUACUCACACGCCCAAGAUAAAGCAGUUUUACAAGUCUUGCGAAUGGUAAUGAUGUCGGAGACAUAUCGGCGCAGAAUGUUGCCUGGUACGUUCCUUUAAAUGCGCGUCCUACCAAGGCUUUUGGUAGAGUAUCUAGGAUGAAAAUCAACAAAGAGAAUGUUAGCUGAAUGUAACUCUUUUUACUGCUUUGGCUACCAGAACAAUGUAGCUUUUUUUGGUGCUACACUUGUUAGAAAUGAAGAACACCAAAGAUGAAAUGUGAUGGUUUUGCCUUUUUGCAUGUUCUUUGACUUUGGUGUGAGUCUAGUGAUCCAGUGUAAUGAAUUUGAAACAGCUGAGUGAAAGGUACAACAGUCUCGGUUAAGGCAAAUGUGGAAAUUCACAAGUGUCUUGAACUUUUUCGACAACAUUAUCACCUGUUUGUGUUGAACUGCUUCCAGAUUUGUUGCUUGGACGCAUUAUGUGACUGUUAAAACCUCCCUAAUUCCUUCAAUUGACCAUCUACAUUUCUGGGUACUAGUAGUUUAUAUGGUGGAUGUUGCAUUUGUAAGGAUCUCUGGGCUCUCUCUGGUGUCGUUUGGCCAGUAUAGUUGCAAUUUUGUCAAAACAAGGGUGUACGCGCUGAACUGUACAGAUAUGCAUGUUUUGGAUUCUAGCUGUAGAUAUUAAAGGUUUUACUUGUGUACUGGGUUUAUUUAUUAACUUGAAAAAUUUGUUAUUGGGACAUACGUUUCUGAAGUGUCUUGAUUUGCACUGCCAGUUUAGUUCUUGCAUCAUGGAACUGCCACAGAUCAGACUGUAAUGCUACAGCUUUAUCUGUCAUUGAAUGAACCGAAAUUCAGUUUUGAUGUGAACCUCAGAAAUAUUGACUUUCAGCAUAAAAUCACAGUUUAUAUCAGUGCCUGCUCACUCAAAUACAGACUGUGAUGAAAACACAAUUAAUUACACAGAUAUCAACUGGCAAUCCUCUUCUAGACAUUUUAAUAUUCAAAUGUACUCAAACUUCACUCUGUAUCUCACUUGGUGGUAAAAGAUCAGCAUUAAGAAACCCAAUAAUAAACAAUUUAUCUUG